UGUGUGUGUUUGUAAUGCGCGAGCGUGUGUGAUAAGGAGGUGGGGGUGAGAGACCCCGUUGUGUUUUGACCCCCUAAACAACUCCCAGUCUCCAUCUCUCUCUCUUUCUGGUUUAAAGCUUCAUCGCUCGUUGUGGAGAGACACAUUUGAGCCCAACGCGUCGCUUCAUGGACAUCGCUAGAGCGGAAAGGACGCGAUAUAUCAAACACGCCGCUAAUGCUGGAUACUCGGCCCGGUCCACGCGUCUACUGCUACAUUCUUAUUAAGUUCUUGCAGAGAGUGCGUCUGAUCUGCCGCUCUGGUGCGUGUUGUCAUCCGUCAGUGAGUGAGUGAGCUCGGCUUCCGUAUCGCAUGGAGAAGAGGUAUGAGGACUUGGUGCAUUACCCAGGCUCUGAUGCCAUGCCUGUGGGAGACUACAGGGAUGCCAUGAGGUCACUUCCUCCACCCCACUAUGGCCACGCUGUGCCUGACUCCCUGAAACACCACCGGGACCAGAUCUAUGGUCAUCCUCUGUUUCCACUCCUGGCUCUGGUAUUUGAAAAGUGUGAACUUGCCACCUGCUCCCCACGAGACUCCACCUCCAUGUCAAACAUGACCAAUUACAGUGAUGUCUGCUCCUCUGAAUCGUUCAAUGAUGAUAUCGCAGCCUUUGCCAAACAAAUUCGAUCAGAGAAACCUAUCUUUUCAUCAAAUCCAGAACUGGAUAAUCUGAUGAUCCAAGCCAUUCAGGUUCUAAGGUUUCAUCUAUUAGAGCUAGAAAAGGUUCAUGACCUCUGUGAUAAUUUCUGCAACCGGUACAUCACCUGUCUAAAAGGCAAGAUGCCCACUGAUUUGGUGUUGGAGGACCGAGAGGGCGGAUCCAAAUCUGACAUGGAAGAUUUCACUGGCUCUUGCACCAAUCUGUCAGAACAAAAUCAUUCUUGGUUGCGAGACCCGGAUGACUGUGUGUCGACCCCCUCAGGCACCCCCAGUGCCUCCUGUGGCCUCACCUCACACAGCGCAGAGAACUGCAGCGAUGCUGGUGAUGGGUUGGAUGGAAGUGUAGCAUCUCCCAGCACUGGAGAAGAAGAUGAAACGGAUAGAGACAGACGAAACAAGAAAAGAGGAAUCUUUCCCAAAGUCGCAACAAACAUUAUGAGAGCUUGGCUCUUCCAGCACCUGUCGCAUCCGUACCCGUCUGAAGAACAGAAGAAACAGCUCUCCCAAGACACUGGUCUCACUAUACUGCAAGUCAACAACUGGUUUAUAAAUGCCAGACGCAGAAUAGUCCAGCCAAUGAUUGACCAAUCAAAUCGCUCAGGCCAGAGUACCCCGUACAGUCCGGAGGGGGCAGCUCUAGGAGGAUAUGGCUUAGAUGCACAGUCUCAUUUAGGUCUUAGGACAGCAGGACUUCAGGGAAUACCGUCCCUUCCCACAGAUUACCCCGGGGCCCUACUGCCCCAGCCGGGAUACUCGCACGCCGGCCCAUCCUUGCACCCCUACCCCGGCCCCCACACUGCCAUGCUGCUCCAUCCACCGCCCCACAGCCACCCCGCUGAACCCCUCAUAGGACAAGGCCUUGACAUUCAUGCCCACUAACUGAGAGCAGAGCUGGGGAGGGUGUGCUGAAUAUGGGAUAGAAGGGUACAUUAUAAAUGGACUUUUCAGUACCACAGCCCAUCGCUCUCACCAAACCUUCAGGGCAUCACUGCGGUCAACACAUAAAGACUCGGAGAAUGUCUUAAAUGCACUGACCUGGCGUCAUGAAUCAAAAUGUCAAUUUUAUGCACUCAGCUUCCAUGCAAUGCUCAUUUCAAAUGCUUGAUAGACUUGUUACAUUCCUUAACCAUUUAUUGCUAUAUGUUCUCCUCAUGACAAUGCUCUGAAUGCACUGUACUUCAUACACCUAUCUACUAGUUUUUAUGCACAUUGUUGUGUUUAUUUGAAUAUACCCAUGUCUUCCUAUGGCCUUAGGGGUGAACUGAGAUCUCCCAUAAUCUAACAUUAAGGCCUUCAUUGCCUUUCUUGCCUUGCCUCUGAAAACUGUCUUGAGGAGCACAAAUGGAUAAAUACAGCAUAUACCUCCUCAGUCAGGACCCAAACAUAUCAAAAGUCCUGAAAUAGUCUUCUGAGAUGAACAAUUGCACCAAAUCCUUAUAGCCUGACUGCUGAACAUGGUUAAUAAAAUGUAAGGGUGAAGCUCGUGAAAUCACGUCACAUUUCACCCCAAAAUCAAGAGAUUUUGCACAAGAAACCUAUUUAUAGAAUAUCAAUUCAUUUUUUUUUUUUCAGAUCAUUAAGAAUUAGAAAUGCAGUAUUAUUAUACAGAACUCUCUUUCUCCAUUCUUUAUAAUAAUGGUUCUCAUUAGUUUCCCGUAAUACAAAAAUACAUUAAAACCCGUUUUCCAAUAAGAAAAAUAUAUCUUAUUUUGAUUUUGGGGUGAAACAGAUAUUGACAUAUUCUUGAGGAAUUUUGUGAGAGAUUCUUGGCUUAAAGGUCCCACAGAUUAUGUCUUCCUAGCUGAGGGUCAUAUACAUUUCUUUCAAUUCUUCUGCUAAGUCAGUCUCAAUUUUAGUUUUUACACCUGAUUUAAUUUAUUUUUUAUGUUAAUUGUUUUGUAUUUAUCUGUGUCAGAACUAUGGCUUCUCCAAAACGUACAAUAAUCUGAGUGCCACGUUUUUUGAAUAUCUCGAUUUGAUAAAGAAGUGAAUAUGUUCUUAUUUAAAGUUAUUUAAAGUUUUGUAAAUGUUUACCUGUUGAGGUCCCAACUGGCACAUUUUUGGUUUGCCCUAAAGGACCCGACUCACAUUACCAUCAAUAUUUCACCCAAUUUCAUCACACAGUACCAAUGUAUUAAUGAAUACAAGAAUAUCUGAUGAAACUUUUUGGAGAUUUGUUGGAAAGCAAUGGACUUCAAUUUUGAAACCUUUUUUUGUCAUGCACUGUCUGCAUUAAAACCUAUUAUAAGACUGUU